CGCUGCUCAUCUCUAUUAGGAUAGUUAGUCAUGGGGGCUUUGUUUGGAAAAAGCAGAAAGAGUGUUCCAAGCCGUGUAACCGACCAGGAUAAGGCGGUUUUGCAACUAAAGCAGCAGCGGGAUCGCCUGAAGCAGUAUCAGAAGCGCAUCGAGUUACAGCUGGAGAAUGACAGACUGCUGGCCAAAAAGUGCCUGCAACAGGGCCGAAAAGAUCGCGCAAAGCUUUUGCUGCGCAAGAAAAAGUACCAGGAGAGUCUGCUGAUAAAUGCCGACAAACAGUUAGAGAACUUAGAGAAACUUGCCUCCGAUCUGGAAUUCGCACAAGUGGAGCUAAAGGUGCUUGACGGUCUAAAACAAGGUAAUGCAGCCUUGAAGAAGGUGCACGACAUGUUGGACAUAAACGAGGUAGAAAAGAUUAUGGAUGAAACGCGCGAGGGCAUUGAAAAGCAACAAGAGAUCGAUGCUAUACUUACCGAUGUUUUGACAACACAAGACGAAGAGGAUGUAUUAGCCGAACUGGACGCACUGGAGGCUGAAGAGCAGCGUGCACAAUUGCCAGAUGUUCCGUCCGAGGAGUUACCCAUUCCUGACAACAACGAAGUGGAAGUGGAAGCAGACGAAGAAUUAGAUACCAAAGCAAUUAAGUCGGCCAAGUUGACAGAAAAAAGCAAAGCUAAAAAGGUGCUAGUGGAGGCUUGAUACUGCAUAACAAUGCCAUUGUAAUAAGUUAAAAGUGUAAGUUCUCCUAUUUCAAAUAUAUGUAUAGGUAUGAUUUUUAUCGUUAUUCGAAA